AUGGCCCCGGAAGCCAAAGGCGCAAAAGACUCUACCAAGUCGGCGAAAAAAGACACCAAAGGCGGCACCAUCAAAUUAAAGAAGGCCCCCCCCAAGCACAACAAGCCCGGCAACUGGCGCGACGGUAGCGUCGUCGAAGACGAAAAGAAGAAGAAUGUCAGCUCGCCCGCCGCCUCUGCCGCAUCCCCCGGCCCCGUUGUCAACCAGCUCGACGACGAUGCCCGCGAGGCUUUUGCGACCGGCCGCCCCCUCGAAGAUUCGCCCGACCUGCAGCAGUGCAAGCACUGCAAGAAGAGCAUCUUGAAAACGGCCACCAAGGCGCAUAUUGCAGCGUGCCUAAAAGUGAAGAAGGAAAAGGCCCAGCGAAAGAAAGAGGCGAGGGAAGCGCGUGAGCGAGCCAAGGAGGCUGCGCGCGAGGAAGAGGCGCGUAAGGCGGAAGACAAGGAUGAGGAUGAAAGCGGCGGCGACGAAGACGACGAUAAAAAGGGCGGCAAGCGCGCCGGCAAGAAACCCGAAGACAGCAAAGGCAAGAAGCGCAAAGCUGAUGGCGAGCCGGAAAAGGCGCCCAAGGCCAAGAAGAAGAAAGAUGAGCCCAAAGCCAAAGUGCCCAAGCCGAAAGGACCCGUCGACGUCGAGCGCCAAUGUGGUGUCAUUCUGCCCAACGGCCAGCCAUGCGCGCGUUCACUUACAUGCAAGAGCCACAGCAUGGGCGCCAAGCGGGCUGUCGCAGGCCGUUCUCUACCAUAUGACAUGCUCCUUGCGGCAUAUCAAAAGAAAAAUCAAGCCAAGCAGCAGAAGGCUGCUCUGGAUGCCAACGCCCCGGUGCCGGACGAGGACGAAGAGAACCAAGGCCCCGUCGACUCGGACGAGGAAACUGGCGCCGUCAUGGCCGCCCUCAGCGCCUGGAAGCCCAAGCCACUCGUGCCCCAGCCCGUCUUUGCCCCGAUCAAGCGCCAGUACCAGCUCGCGCGUCUCCACGAGCAGCUCCAGAUGGCCACCAACGGCGGCCGCACCAACAUAUUUCAGGUCAUUGGCUACGGCGUGCAGAGGCUGCCCGAGGGCCAUCCGGGCAUGGAAGACGGCGAUGCCGAAGGCGAGGAUGCGGGCGUGCUGAGCUUUCCGACGUCGGCACGGUCAGCGUCGUUUGCAAUUCCGGCGACGCCUUCAAGACCGGCAUCUGCGGCGGCGAGGGGCUAA